GUCGGUGGAGAAAGAGCUCCCCGGUGCAAGCUGCUGGGAACGGCGACAAAAAACACCUGCAGCAGUAGCGCGCAGCUCUUCAUAGCAUCAGCAGCACAAGCUGCUUUCCAGAGCAAGGCCACUGUCUCCAGUUCAAGUCUACCAGCCGCAUGGAGCCAAUUUGAAACAUUUCUUCAAUUCAUUCAAGAUUUAUUAUUCAACCUUGCUGCUCUAUAAUAAAAUAUUUUUUCUUAAUUUCAAUCAAUUUCCAGCCAUGGAUGAAGACAAUACGGCAAAGAGCGAAGAACAGCAGCUAACUUUGCAGAAAGCAUUACAGCAAUGUGAAUUGGUCCAAAAUAUGAUAGACAUCAGCAUCUCCAGUCUGGAAGGGUUAAGGACUAAAUGUGCCACAUCAAAUGACCUCACGCAAAAAGAAAUAAGAACACUGGAGGGCAAACUAGUGAAGUACUUCAGCCGCCAGCUUUCCUGCAAACGCAAGGUUUCCCUGAAUGAGCGAAGCGCUGAGUUAGAGGGAUUUCCUCAUCUUGUGCAUUGGUUCCGGAUUGUAAAUAUCCGCAAGGAAGUGAUCGAGGACAUAACCCCUGACCAACUGACACUAGAAGCACUGUUAGAGAUGACCGAUGAGGAAGUGUGUGAAACGGUGAAGAAGUAUGGAACAAAUAGCGAGGAAUGUGCCAGAUUAAAUGCCUCACUAUCCUGUCUAAGAAGAGUAUAUAAAUCAGGGAGUAGCCAUUCGAGCCAGGACUGGGCUAUCCAGUGGCCUACAACAGAAACUGGGAAAGAGAACACUCCUGUCAGCCAAGCAGAACCAGUCCAGUGGCCUGGAUGCCAUAUGGCGCACAGUCCCAAAUUCCCAUCAAAGUUCAUGCAGCAAGACUUUCAUUCAGUGCCUGCACUGGGACCCACUUGUACAUACACAGAUAGACUGACCAUUGGAGAUCCAAUCGGACUUUACCCUACAUUUGAGAGUGGGCCAAGUUCUCUGCCACCUUCUCCACGACAACGGCAUGCUAUGCAUACUCCUCCACGAACUCCUCCCAUAGUUACAACAAUGACACCUCCAGGAACUCCUCCAGUGAGAAGAAGGAAUAAGUUGAAACCACCUGGAACACCUCCGCCAACCUCUCGUAAACUGAUUCACCUCAUUCCUGGUUUCACUGCAUUGCACCGAAGUAAAUCACAUGAGUUCCAGCUAGGAAACCGAGUGGAAGAAACCCAAACGCCAAAAGCAAAGAAAAAGAACAAACCUCUAAAUCUGAAGAUUCACAAUAGUGUUGGUAGCUGUGAGAACAUCCCUGCUCAGCGCUCCCCUCUACUCUCUGAACGGUCUUUGCGGUCCUUCUUUGUGGGAUACCCAUCUUUUCUUCCUUCUACUCCUCCCGUUCACACUGAAGCCAAUUUCUCAUCAAAUACAUUGUCAGUGCCUCGAUGGUCCCCACAGAUUCCUCGUAGAGAUCUGGGGAAUUCAAUUAAACACAGAUUUUCCACCAAGUAUUGGAUGUCUCAGACCUGCACAGUUUGUGGGAAAGGGAUGCUUUUUGGCUUGAAAUGUAAAAACUGCAAGUUAAAAUGCCACAACAAAUGCACCAAAGAAGCCCCACCUUGUCAUUUACUCAUCAUUCAUCGUGGAGCAAGACUUGUGCGAACAGAAUCUGUGCCAUGCGAUAUUAACAAUCCACUUAAGAAGCCUCCUAGGUACUCUGAUCUGCACUCCAGCCAAACACUGCCUAAAACCAACAAAAUUAAUAAGGAUCACAUACCUGUCCCUUACCAGCCGGAUUCCAGCAGUAAUCCUUCAUCAACAACGUCGUCAACGCCGAGCUCUCCAGCGCCACCACUACCUCCCAACGCAACACCUCCUUCACCCCUUCACCCAUCACCACAGUGCACUCGGCAACAGAAGCAAUUCAAUCUGCCAGGUAUACUCACUAACAUUCGGUUGAGGGCAAUCACAAGCAGUGACUUGCUUGAGGGCCACAGCCACACAAGCCCACCACAAGCUUCUCACUAUUUCAAGUACAAGCAGCAGUUCAUUUUUCCUGAUGUCACACCUGAGGUACAAAGCCGAACUCCACAAGUUAUUCUCCAUCCUGUCAAUUCAGAUCCCAUAAAUGAAGGAACUCCCUCACUUCGAGUGGAAGUGAAUGAACCCAUUUCAGAGAAUGAAGAUGCGAAUGAUGAGGCUUAUAAGUCUGAUGGUUCUGAAGAUGAUUUUGAAGAGAUGAAUCUUUCAUUGUUGUCUGCACGUAAUUUUCCACGAAAAGCAAGUCAGACUAGCAUUUUCCUGCAGGAAUGGGACAUUCCAUUUGAGCAACUAGAAAUUGGAGAACUCAUAGGCAAAGGACGCUUCGGCAAAGUCUAUCAUGGUCGUUGGCAUGGAGAGGUAGCAAUCCGUUUGAUUGAUAUUGAAAGGGACAAUGAGGACCAUCUAAAACUUUUCAAAAGGGAAGUGAUGGCAUAUAGACAAACUCGACAUGAAAAUGUGGUACUAUUUAUGGGAGCCUGUAUGAGUCCCCCACACUUAGCUAUUAUCACCAGCCUCUGCAAGGGAAGAACUCUGUACUCUGUUGUUAGAGAUGCUAAAAUGGUGCUGGAUGUGAACAAGACCAGACAGAUUGCUCAGGAGAUUGUGAAGGGAAUGGGUUACCUACAUGCUAAAGGAAUUAUUCACAAAGAUUUGAAGUCAAAGAAUAUUUUCUAUGACAAUGGAAAGAUAAUAAUUACUGACUUUGGUCUCUUCAGCAUCUCCGGAGCUUUACAAGAGGGCAGGAGAGAGAGUGAAAUGCGGAUCCCUAAUGGUUGGCUGUGUCAUCUGGCUCCUGAAAUUAUUCAACAACUUUCUCCCUCUACAGAUGAAGACAAACUCCCAUUCUCCAAGCAAUCAGAUGUAUUUGCAUUUGGAACUAUAUGGUACGAGUUGCAUGCACGUGAGUGGCCUUUCAAGAAUCAGCCAACAGAUGCGAUAAUAUGGCAAGCUGGAAAAGGCAUGAAGCCUAAUCUAAGUCAAAUUGGCGUGGGAAAGGAGAUUUCGGAUAUCUUGCUUUUAUGCUGGGCCUAUGAACAGGAAGAGCGUCCCAGUUUCUCGAAAAUCAUGGAGCUACUUGAGAAACUUCCCAAGCGAAACCGCCGCCUCUCCCACCCUGGACAUUUUUGGAAGUCAGCCGAAUAUGUUUCCCUUAGUUCCAAUGUGUGAAAGUCCAGAUACAAAUUGAUGGAUCUCAGAUGCACUCUUGCAUUUCAUGCAUUACAUUGCUUUACUGUUUCAAACGAUUGGUGGGCAAACCAGAUCAAUCCUUCAAGGGCACACAAGUUGGGAAUCAGAAGCUGGAACCCCAAGUGAGUGUUUUAAACCUCAGUCAUAGCCUAAUAAAAUCUUCUGGAGCAGUAGCAGGCACAGUUUAGCACACUGUUUUGUUCACCACAACUCCAUGAUGAAGGCAGUAGAGUGUGGAAAUAGCAUUUGGUUUAAUUGAGUGGUCUGUUCUAACUUUGAGUUGAGUAUAAAGGCAGUCACUUGGAGAAAAGACCAACUGAGUACAAAACAAAAAUUCUUAUACAUGAAUUCAGUGACAUUGUUGCCAAAACCUAACUCUUGCAUGAUACUGUGACUGUUUUGUAUCUACCUGCAAAUGAGGAAAGUUCUAACUGCUCAGAUGAUUUAUCAAAAGGAUAAUAUUGCGUAAAGUGUGGAAACUUGCUGAGACCACCUCCGUGAAACAGGGUGCUGUUGUGACCUAGAAAAAUGUGUGACCAUGAGUAAUGUCCUCUACUUUAGCACGGUGAAUAAGAUCACACCGUUUAAGUCAUGUAAUAUCAAAUUAUUUAUAUAAACAAUUAUAUCAGAGUUUGAUAAUACAUGCAAUCCUAAUAGUCAAAAGUUGCAACAAAAUUGAACACCGGGCUCCUUGUUUGGUCUCUAAUUUAAAUCCUGUUAUAAUUGGAUCUGAUGCCAAGGCAGCAGUUGAAAAAGGUCACGGCAGACCCUGAGCAUGAAUCCAAUAGUGGGCUGGAUGGUCUUAUUGCUACCACUUCAAUGGGGAUUUUUUUAUCAGCUACUUUUGUGUCUAUUUUGGCCUAUCACCUGUAAUAGGAUUAUCCUGUGCUGAAUCUGUUUUGUUGCCAAUCUCUGGACAAGAAAUUAUAAACAAACAUCUGAUAUUGGUCAGUGAUACCUUUAUCCACAUUCUUUUGUAUCCCAAUGAAUACAGUCUCAUGCCCCAUCUUCUGCUGCUCCCUGGCAACUGUUGCCCCACCUAGUUCUGCACACUCUCACUGCCAACUGAUUGUGCCAACUGUUGCUCUGAAAUAAAUAAACUGUUUAAAAUAUCAUUUCAAUGCAAACAAAACAAUGC